AUGGAGGUAGAAGAGAAUACCUCGGAUAGAUGCCGUUGGAUAAAAGUCAACUGGAAAUGGGGCCAAAUCGGAAGAGUGCAGCUUGGCAUUUUCCUCCGCUUCAACCCGGUUGUCACGUUUCUGUCCGCCGCAAUCAUUUGGUCUAUGGUGAUUUGGUGCACAGUCCAACCCGAGUUCGCCAAAGAAGAGAUGUCGAAAUGGACGUUGUGGAUUACAGAGGUCUUCACAUGGAUGUAUAUCGGUACCUCGGAUAUCUGGGCGGUGUUCAUAGUGGUGCUGUAUUUCUCCAAGUACGGAAACAUGAAACUUGGAAAGCCAGAUGACAAACCGGAGUUUGGUGAUUUGACUUACUUUACUAUGUUGUUCGCCGCCGGUGUUGCUAUUGGGUUGUUCUAUUACGGAGUAGGUGAGAUGAAAUGAUAGCUGGGUGAUACCCUAUGGCUAAAAAAUUAUUUCAGGAUUAAGCUUCCUGCAAGCACAAGAACACAAAUUGAACUUUGAUUUUAAGUAAUUUCCUUCUAAUUCGAAAGAAGAUCCAACAAUACUAACUAACAAUACUCCUUUCACAAAUGCAAGAAAUGCAAGGAACUGUUUUCUUCAUUUCAUCGUACUUGUCUUAUGGGUAAAUCAAAAUCAAAGCGCUCCAUUCGUCAUUGGAGGAAAGUGAGCACAUUUCAACGGUCUAGAUUAAAAAUUUAGCGGUCCAUGAGGCCUCGCCAUGGUCUUCUGUGCAAUUUUACUGUGCUACACAGCCUGCUCUAUCAGGAAAUAGUUUAAUCAUUGAUUUUUCAUUUCUUUUGUUUUGACUUUCAGCUGAAACUGUUUGGCAUUAUGUACCUGGGGAAUAUGGGAAUCGUUACUGGGGCAGGUAAAUAAAACGGUAUUUUAACCUGAGAGACCAAUCUUAUUUAGUCUGAAUUCUGUCCUAAAUGGUGAGGCAACUUCGAAUUCCGACAGUCGUAUUAAAUCUUAAAUACUACCAGUCUAUUCCUAUCGAGGAGAACCCAACACCAUCAUGUUAACGAUCUCACGCUGAUGACGCCUUACGGAGCCAAAACGAGCUUACGAAGCCAAGUAGGGUCAUGAUGGCUUACUUUUCAUUUCCCUUUUUUAAAGUUUUAUUUUGAUAGUGGUUUGUAAGGAGUAAAGUAAAACCAAAAUGAAAUGCACAUACAAAACUGUCAACCACAGUGACAUAACGCAACAAUUGUUACGAUAUGAAUUUAUCAGGAUCUUCUUCUAAAAAGCAGUGAAAAACUAGUGCUCCUUCCACCAUCGCCAUAGGAGCAUUCUGCCUUAGCAUUAGCAUACCAGACACUACAUUUUUGUAAUGAAUAAGGUUUGACUUUUCUAUUGUCUAACAUACGAUUUAGUUGGACACCGGCCUCUGAAAAACGUCGUCUACUUCUAAUAACACAUCGUCAAGUAGCUCACAAUCUCCUAAUGGUGUUCAAGGUUGUUUAUUCUUAUAUGCAACUCGCAUUGCAUACAUUCAAUUAAAGGGGAUAUAUCUCUUAAAAACCAAAAAUAUUAAAAUAUUCUGAUAUUAGCCAUGGGAGUUUAUCGUUUAAUUCUAUUCAAUAAAAUUCCUUUGUGCCAACUUCAUUCGUAUUUGAACUUCUUAAUGGCCUUAGUAGAGAAUCAGAGCGUAGAAUCUGAAGGUCUGAGGUUCGAUUCCGCGCGGGGACUCUUAUUGUCUCUCUGUCCCACGCUGGUGACAAGGCGAAAAACAUCUUUCCCUGAAGUUAAUUUAGACACCUUUAAUUUCUUUUUAUCCUGACAUUUAGGUAUAGCGAUAAUCAGCGUGCACAGGACGCCAUCAACUUGACCUUUUUUCACUGGGGUGUCCAUGGGUGGAUCGUGUAUGCUGUAGUGGGUCUUCUUUUGGCUUUUGUGGCUUUCAGAAAAGGUCUACCCAUGACCAUUCGGUCCUGCUUCUACCCUCUAAUUGGCGACAAGAUCUACGGCUGGAUGGGUGAUGCUGUGGACAUAUUCUCGGUAGUGUGCACCAUGUUUGGAGUUUGCACCAGUCUUGGUAUUGGUACCAUGCAGAUCAACAGUGGUUUCAAGCGUUUAAUCAGCUCUAUCGAGUAUUCCACAACUAACCAGAUUAUAAUCAUUUGGGCUGUCACUGUGUGCGCAACAGCAUCUGUGGUGAGCGGCUUGAAAAUUGGAAUUCGUCGGCUGAGCGAGAUUUGCUUCACGCUGGGUAUGUUCAUCAUGCUGACUUGUCUCUUUGCCGACAAUACUUGGCAUGCAUUAAAUGUCUACGUGCAGAGUACUGGUUACUACCUUCAGUGGAUCAUCCAAAUUGGCUUCCAUACAGAUGCUUUCGCACAACUGGGAAAUGCACCCGAUGGAAAGCAAGCUGAACGAUGGUUCAACGACUGGACCGUAUUCUACUGGGGAUGGUGGAUAGCCUGGUCACCAUUCGUGGGCAUGUUCAUUGCGAAGAUCUCCAAGGGAAGAACCAUCCGACAAUUCAUUAACGCCACAAUGACAGCUCCAAUUCUUUACGUUUUCUUGUGGCUUUGUAUCUUUGGUAGUGCAGGCUUGAGGAUGGAACGUGAUGCCGCACUAGCAAACAUAACGUGCUCUUCCCCGAAGGGAGGGGCAGGAGCGACCUCCUCUUUGAAUGGCCUAUACCGUCUUUCUUGCCGACAAACGACCGAAAUGUGGUUUGAUGUUAUCGAACAGUAUGGAGACCUUGGAACGUUCCUAUCUGUGAUCUCACUCAUCAGUAUUGUCAUGUAUUUUGUAACCAGUUCCGAUAGUGGUUCCCUUGUGAUUGAUUGUCUGUCAGCAAAUGGAGAUCCAGAACCUCCUGUCAUACAGCGUAUCUUCUGGGCCCUGACAGAAGGUGCAACAGCUACAGCUCUGCUGAAUGCUGGUGGUCGAGACGGUCUUGUGGCCUUGCAGACCAUGUCAGUAGCAUCCGGCGUCCCUUACACCAUACUGCUUUGUUUUAUGUGCGUGGCGCUAUGGCGGGCUGUAAAAAUGGAAGCUGGUGACCUCGAUCCAAAUGGUCCUCAAUUCACCACUAGUCUCUUGGAAGUCCUGAGCAACCCAACAUUAAAGAGUGUCGGCAGGGUCCUGUUCGCCAUCAUUGCACCGUGGUACGCGAUGGGAAAUGCUGCACACAAGGUUGAUAGACAACACGGGAAAGGGUGGUACAUGACGAUCAUGGCAGUCUUGUUUUAUCUCUGGAUUAUCCUUAUGGCAUUGGAGCCUGUCGUGGAUUCCAUUUCUAACGUCGCGUGGGCCAUACUGAUGGGAUUCUUCGCUUAUGCCACCUCCAUUCGCUACUCCAUCCGCGAAGAAUACAAUAUCUAUGGCAAUCCCGUCGAAGAUUUCUUCGCUGUAAUGAUAGUGUACCCGUUUGCCGCGUACCAGAUGGAACACCAUAUGGAUAGCGCCCAUAAACUGGAUACACCACUGAAUGACGCGGGUAAAUUGAGUGAUCGAGAGGGAGCAAAACGAGGCCCGGCGGAUGACGUUGGGGUGCCACAGUACAACUAUGCAAUGGAACGUUUUCCAGUAAGUCGUUAAAAUUCUUAUCAGUCAAAAAGUCGACGUCAUUUUAAGAUGAUAGUGAAUUAACGAGCAUAUGUACAUACGUUAGGUGCCUGUCUACUUUUUGAGCUUAUCAUUUAACUUUAGUUCAACAAGUACUUUGUCACAUUUCCAUAUUUUUAAUUACAAUCAGAGAAAAUCACACUCUUAGGACACUCGCCGUUUUUUUGCUUAGAGUUAGCACGCUGGGUUGUAUUGUAGUUCACCACGCCUCUCAUCUCCACUUUUUAAACAAAACUAUUUUCUUGGUGACCAUUGAACGUUGAUAGGACAGUAACGGGGGGACUUUUAGGCAAGUCUCAAACUCUAAAGGAGUUAGAGAAUGGUAUUUCCUUCAGCGUUUCUAGAGCGUUUUCCGCUGAUUUUAAGAUAUUUACCAUAAUAUUUCUGCCAAUUAUAAGAGAUCUUAAAAUAUCACCAACGCAAUGGAGAAUUUUACUCAGUAGUUCGAGAAAGAACGUAGGUUUUUAGAUUUUGGUAUAGUGUAUGCCUUUCGUUCCACGAGUGUAUUUUACUUUUGCAAAAAAUAAUGAGAAUUCCGUCCAUAGGAGGUGUUACCUGUUUGUACAAAUGCUCCCGAAGCCGAGGGCAGCAGUGAUUGGAAUCAUAUGGAAACUGCCAAUCAGCUGGAUCGAACCCAUCGGGACAUGGAAAACACGAAUGAUCCGGACAAAGCAAGACGACGAUCGGCUAAUAGCAGAAGGAGUCCACAACUAGGGGAUAACCUAGCCGUGAAAGAUGACACAGCAAGUCGUGUAAGUCUCUACUCAAACGAAUGGGAUGUAAUUUAAGGUGGGAGUUAAUUCAUGAGAAAACUUUUAACAAUUAGAUUCUAUUUUUCCCGACGUAUGUUCAGUAAUCGAUCACAGAUGACGUUUGAAAUGUGGUAGGAACAAAAAAGGGGCACACGAGGCGCAGUAGAGUGUGUCACUGAUGUUCUUAUCACAUCCCUUGGCAUCUCAUAUCAUCUGUUACCGAACAGACCCAUGGUAACUGUCUUAUAUCAUAAAUUAGUGAAAUGUUGUUAAUAGUGACGAUAUCUAUGCGUCUCUCCUGCGAGAGACCGUAAGUAAGAAACAAUUAAAAUGUGUGUAGACCUCAGCAUAUCAUAUAAUCAUAACGAGCCGUGAUGCAAACGUUUUGCACCUAUAAUUCUUCAAACUUUAUCAAUUAUUAUUCGGGUUUUCUUACAAAUCUAUAUGUAAGCGUAUUUUUUAAGUCAUUGACUGAUACUUGUAAAUUAGAGUUCGCGUUUUAUGGCAAAUGAAUAAAAACGAAAAAAAAUACAAAUUACUCAAGCAUAUGUUUUUUUUCAGAUUGUCUGAUUUCCCACAAUCAUCGCCAGAAGAGGCUGCAUAUAAUUUACACAUGCAAAUGAACUGGUUAAGCUGUAGCAUGGUCGUCUUCUUUUCCUCCUCAAAAUAAGUCUUCUUGCGGUUUGUUGAUUCCCCGGUGUCACUAUAGAAGACAGGGAAGCGUUUGUCAUAAUUGUCAGUUAAUUAAAUUGUGUCAUUUGUUAGGGGCAAGUCAUUAUUUAUCGCCGGUUAGAAUGGGGGGGUUCCCCCGUACGGGUCUGUGCCAUUCUUAUGAUACGCCCCUCUUGACAAUUAAUUGGCAGUUAAUUUACUAUAGUUCCCCCCCUCCCCCCUCUUCUUUUACUUUAUUCGUGACGACUGAUAUCCUCUCCGUUCUCCCUGAAAACUGUAUGUUUUCCUCCCACCUUCCCCCCACCUUUUCCCUCACGGGUAAUAAACAAUGAAUAAUGGUCGCUACAAUGAGUGAUACCGCUGGAAUUUGGGGUCAAACUGCGAUUUUCAUUUUAUAUUCAUUUUGGGAGCCACCCAGGGCUUGUCGGGUAGGUCAGGUUUCAUACAAGCUUUGGAAAAGUUGAGAUCUUUUGAAUGAGCUCUUCAAGGCCUCCUCAGAGGAAUAUAACAUCAGAGUAGUUACGCAGCUUUGAGCACUGAGAGGAGUUUUCGAGUGUGUUUUUGUUCUUACGUGUGGAUAAACUGUAAUGUAUGAGUAGAUACUAGAUAAGUAGGUAAGGAAUAGACCUUGAACGGGAAUGGUUCGAUCAUUGCGAGCCAAAGUUCGAAUUUUAUCCCUCACUCGGAGAGUUCGAAGUUGGAUUUAUCUGAAAUCCUCCAUCUUUUACUGGUGCGCGUGAUCCGUGUUCAAACUUCGUGCAUUUGAAGUCGCUCUAAUAAACGCGUGGAAAUUUUUCACUAGACUUUUCUCUGACACAGGGAGAGGUUUCGUCUCUAAGCUCUAGUUUUUUGUAAGUAUUCGACCUGAAGUUGUAGGAGGCUGUCGUCAAAGACUUUUUCAGGUCAAUGAAUUAAAAACUGUUUUUGUCUAUAUCUGUGUUGUCUGUUGUUUUUCAGUCCCCUUUCUCACCAAUUGUGUAAUCAUGAGUGACAAAAAGUGAGAGCAGGGAUGCUCUUUACAAUCGAUCAUGCAGAUCAAGUGUGCCACACACGCAUGUGUUACUGACCGCGAAUUUUACCCAUGCCAUGCUCUUGUGGAAUAUUUAUCCAUCCUUUGAAUGCGUCCUCACAGUUGAGUCAACACAUUGCCUGUUAACAUCCAGAAGUUAUUGAAAAGUAGUUUAUCUAUAUUUUACAUGUUCCAGACGACUAUGUAGAAACUUGUAAGCCGUUAUUGGCUGAGCCUGCACGCAGUUCCUUAUUGUUAGCACCACAAGACACGCGUUUGCUCUGCCCGCAGGAAGAUUUGAGACGAGUUGGGGAGAGUUUUGUGGAAAAUCUGGCACUACUAAUGAGGUAGACUCCUUUCAGACCUCUCCUUGGAUCGAGUCGCUCAAUGCGUCAUCCUUCCUUGCGGGCUGAAAAAAGCUGGUACAGAAUCUCUAAUUUUAAUGUGGACCUUCGCGUUGGCUAUUACUGGUUUAAAAUGACAGCAUAUUCUCCAGCUUUUUUUGCGCGGAAAUCUGUAUCAGCCAGUUUUGAAAAUUACUUGUCCGACCUUGAGAAUUUUAAAAAGGAUAAAGGUUGCAAGUACAACAAUACUCCAUGGUUUAACUUCUCCUUACUGUCUGCCAUAUAGUUCUCGUGAUGUUAGUUUGGAGAAUUUGGUAUUGGAUCAACUAAUGAUCUCCUAAUUCAUAUUUUUUUUUAUUCUCAUCACUUGUCUGUUCGAUAAUGUAUUGAUAUUGUGAGGAGAAAUUCUGUCUUGGUCACUUGUAGGAGAUAAAGGGCUAAGACUUCCUUUUGAGCAUUCCUGAAUAACGACAACGAUUUUCCUGAGGACGUUUUUUUUCUUUCUUAAAAAACAUGCGUCAAAGUCGAUGGGUCCGUCGACGAAUAAUGUUUUACGUGACUCAUUACACUCACCACAGGGUCAUCUUAACUUUUAAAUCUAUGACGUAGAAACUGUAAGACAACUUUUUGAAUUAACACUCUGGAUAAAUUAAAGCUUUGUUCAAAUGCAAACCACAAUUGAAAUGCUUAUUUCAUUAUUUAUAUGCAAAACCACAACCACACGUUAUCCUGCGCGUAUUUUCAAGGUCCCGUGGAUGUUUCGAAUUUUCAAUUACGGGUAGUAUUUCUUCCCUUCCUUUGCGACUGACCAUCGGAAUUCCGGAACACCCACAAAAACUUUGUAAGUCAAAUCAAAAUUGUUUUCUAAAACGAAUGUUACUUUGAUAAUACAUCUUUUAAGGCAUCAACAACCUUUCCUUUUUUAAAAAUUUUUGCAUGCAUUGAUUUGACGCACAAUUAGGCUUGAAAACAUAAUUUGGUGGAGUUAACAUAACUUAUAGAGCUGAGUCUUUUCUUUAAGACAAAAACAGUAAGUUACGUGGGAAAUGUUGUGGAAUUCACGCUAGUGGGCGGGUUGAAGGAGGGGGGGGGGGAAGGGAAGGGCAGAGCCGCACAGAGAUACUGUAUCGCCUUCUGCUCCAAAAUUACUGUUCCAAUCCCCCCCCACUCCAACCUAUUUCCCCCUCCCCUCCCCCCCGUGGAUUUCCCAAAAGUAUACUUUGGAAAUAUAUAUAUAAAAAGAGUUGUACAAAAGAAAAUUUACUGCUGAGUGUGGUGCAUUUGGGUAACGAUAGCGACGCAGGGCUAAGCUUUUUAUAUCAAUGAAUAUCAAUGAACGUAUCUUUUAAACAGGCUUAUAACUCUCUUUAAUUUUUUUUUUUAAUGAUUAAUAUGUCUAAUCAUCUUAAAAUUUUAAACUUAGUUUAUUCCCAUGAAUUUUUGUUUCCCUUUUCAAUAAUCUUUUAUGAAAAGUGCCAUGGACGACUAGAGGAUUUGGCGCUAUAUAAAUAUUUUUAUUUUUAUCAAUGUUUAUGGAUAACAUCACCGACGUACUCUAUCAAAGAGAGAGAGACUUUGAAUCGCCCAAAGCAACUUUUGAGUUGCUGCUUGUCUUCUAUUGGCUAGUCCAUGCCACAAAAAUUCCACGUGGUUCCCGUGGAGAAAAAAAAUUGCUGUUAUGUUUAACGAUUGAUUCAUAUGUCAGCGUGCGUUCAUCGAGAUAUGAAGCACGCGGGAAGUUUGGAGAGCACGAAAGAUGCGUGAGAGUUGCUCGAGGGGUAGCCGAGAGCAACCCUUGCUUCUUAAGUGCUUUACAAACUUCCCAAUUCCCAAGAAGUGUUUUUAUAACAUUUUCAACCCGAUGGAAAAUUUUUUUCCUCGAGGGAUUUGUUUGCUGACGUCACAAUAAGAAUAUGAAGCACGCUCGCGCAAUAGAAUUUAAGUAGACAAAUUUACCAGCAAUGUUAUAAUGACAAGUGACAAUUUUAAAAGUAACCCUACACAUUUAAUUAAAAAAAUACCAUGUGAUGACAAAUUGAUGAUAUGGGGAAGUGUCCGAGGGGUGGUAUCACCUAGGAAACGAUUAUUGAAGAUAAGCCACUUGAUGCGGUCGCGUUUUUAUGACUGGAUUGGCUAUGGUGAUGUUGCGUUUUCGAUAAAGUUACAAGAAUGGCAGUGUGAGGUAAGAAAAUCUUCGUAAGUAGAGAUUUAGAAAUGGGAAGAUUUGCAGUUAAAGAGUUGUUACAUUUGCCCGAAGUGACUGAGGAGGGGUCAAUAACUUGCCACAGAAUAGACUGACAAAGGAAAAACUGCACCCAAGCAUCCUCCCCCCACCUCGAAUAAUUGUGUAUUAUCUGAAGCCCUAGGGCGCGCCUGAGGUAACAACGGUAUUGACAAUGGUUCUUUAUUACCAUCAAAGAAAAAAAGAGAACAAUCUAUCACUUUAACGCUCAGCAAUAGCUGUUAUUGGACUUCGAUAACCAGCACACGUUGGUUAAGAAAAAGACACAGAAACACAGAAGUAUCUUUGGACAAAGUUGAACUGUUGGCAAAUUGAAUAAUUUGCAUGUACCGUUCGUGGAGUUUGUUGUUUUUAAGUUAUUUGCAUAACUGUGAAGUGGGAUUUUAGUUAAUGCUUUUGUUUUGUUUUGUUUUUUUUUCGUAAUUACGUCGCCGUCUCCAAGAAUCUAAUGGAGUUAUUGUCUUGGAGUUCAACAAGCGAGCUUUCCAAAAGGAAAGCACUGGCCGCUAUUGACUUUCUAUCUGCAUUCCCUUUGGUAAAAUUUCCACACAGCCCCAUACUAUUGUAAAACAAAUCUGUUUUCCCAAUGGCAAUGUAUCGUUUUUGUCAUUGUUUUCUCUAUCCAAGAAUUGAAUGCAUAAUGUAGUAGGGGGCUGCGCGGAAAUUUUACCUUCUCUUUAGCCGAGCAACGCUAACACCAAUUCUGAUCUGCGGAGCCUUGGGCAACCCUUGCUCGUCUCUAGUUUUUUGGAAACAACUCGAGUCGUUUCUGACUGAGCCCUCUAUAACCGUUUUAUUAACAAUCAGUACUCUCCCACGUUCAUUUUUACUGCUUAGUAAAUCAACUAGCACAUCCAUGGUCAGUCAGAUAAUAAUCGGUCUCGCAGUUUAAGUUCAUACAUAUUGCAGUUGAUGCAUUAUAAUUGUGAGCAAGUGUUCUGUACUUUGCCCCUGACCGAAGCCUUAGUCAUCAAGAGACCAAUAUGAAUUAACAAGGGGCGGAUGUGUAAAAUGCCAACAUCACGCUUUGGUGGUUCACAAAACAUAGUUUACAUACUUCUUCCGGUGCUUCGGCGCACUUUGCUAGUUGUCCUUUAAGCACUCAACUUGGCGACAGGCAAAGCAAUGGAGAUCGAAGAGAACGCUGCAGAAAGGUGUCGUUGGGUACGAGUCAAUUGGAAAUGGGGCCAAAUCGGUAGUGUGAAACUUGGUAUCUUUCUCCGCUUCAACCCAGUUGUCACGUUUCUUUCCGCCGCAAUCAUUUGGUUUUUCGUGAUUUGGUGCGCAGUCCAAGCCGACGUCGCGAACAAAGAGAUGUCAGGGUGGAUGUUAUGGAUUACGGAGGUCUUCUCGUGGAUGUAUAUCGGUACCCAAGAUGUCUGGGCGCUGUUCAUAGUUGUGCUUUACUUUUCCAAGUAUGGAAAAAUGAAACUUGGAAAACCAGAUGACAAACCGGAAUUCAGUGAUCUGACUUAUUUUACUAUGUUGUUCGCCGCCGGAAUCGGCAUUGGGUUGUUCUAUUUCGGAGUCGGUAAGAUGUGUUAAUUAUUUAUGUUAUAUACGUAUACCGUCAGCUAACAGGAAGAUCUAGGAACCGUUUACUGCAAAAAGGAAAGAAAAAGUGGACUACUGAUUUCGCUUACUUUCCUUAUAACCCUUUACUAGAUUCGCUAGAAAAAUAGCAAAUAUCAUCUGUUAACAAAAAGUGCAAAUGCUUUUGACUGUGAACUUCGUAAACAAAUGACAGCGAAAAUUAAAUUUUUGCCGUUUGCGUUCGCUGUUCGCUGUAACGAUGAUUUAUAUCGCAUUCAAUAUUAGUACACAGGCGCCCAUCUAGAGAUGUCUCUUAGUUAAGUUUCCCUGGCAAAGGAAUUUGGCGGCGUUAUUGCACAUGUUUAAUUUACGACAGUAUUUGUAAAUACGGUCCUCGAGUUGAAAAGAGGUGCAGCGGUCGCACCCACAAACAAUGUAAAGAGUGGAAAAUUUAUCGUUUUGUAACAUUUUUCACUCGCCUAACUUUCAUUUUCUGUUGAACUAAUAUCAAAGCCCCCAUUUGAGAUUGUGUAGUUUUGAAGCUAGUCAAAACAAAAUGCAAAUCUCUUCACCAUUAUUGUGUAAAUCUUGAACGUGUAAAUGCUGAACUAAACAGCAUGAGUUCCCUUCCUACAGGCUAUUUUCCGUUCGCAAUAAACAAUGUUCUGUGUAUCUCGUAAAUCGCUACAUAAAUUAGUCUAAAAGAGAUGUAGACAAGUGUUUUCACAUAAAGGAAUUGUCGUUUGUACUUGUUAAUCUCCUCGAGUACUUCCAAAACGGUCAUGAAGUGGAAAAUAGUUGCGGUCUCGGAACGGAAAAGUACAAUUACUGACGCAGUUUGAUUGUAAAAAUCCACGCUCUUGUACCGUUUUGUCACUUCGCCAAAUUGAUACUUCCUUUUUGUCACAUAGUCCCAUUAUUUGUGAAUGCACUUAAUAUUUCGCCGCGUCAUAAGCUUAUCGGUUAAUGAGAUGUGUGAAUUUACUAGACCCUCACGCACCAAUCGUUGUUUAUAAACUGAUGAGAACGUUUCUUCCGCACGCCGUGGUCAGGUGUUACUGACCUCCUUAGAAAACUCAGCCAAUGCACGACAAUGGACUAUAAAAAGAGAAACUCAAAUAUAGCGGGUCACCAGUUUAAUGGCACGUUCAAGAACAAUUUCUUCUUUGUUUUCGCAACGCCACAACAAACAAUUCAGCGACAAGUCAGUCAAGCACAAAAUUGAAUAUUCAAUUCUGCGGGAAGAAAAAGACAGCGAAACGAAAUCAAAAAAGCGUAUUGCAAAAACGUUUUUUAAGUGAUGUCAAAUCUUUGAAAGGAACAUUUGUAAACUGGGUAAAAUUUCCGCACAGCCCCAUCCUACAUUAUGCAUUCAGUUCUUGAACAGAGAAAACAAUGACAAAAACAAUACAUUUCCGUUGGGAAAACAGAUUUGUUUUAUAAUAGUAUUGGGCUGUGCGGAAACCUUACCCCAUUAUCUUCAACAACGGCAAAUGCUUUGAAAACCAAUUGGAUGAUCAUCAGUCACGAGCAGAUGAGUAUAAACUUAUAAAUGGUAACCGGCUCCGUCUUUUUCUCACUUGCCCGUCGACGUAGCAUGACAUUUUCUUUAGAACUUUAAGCUUCUUUCAAAAUCAGAUUACAAUGGAAAGUGUUCAAUUCAAUUGUGGUAAAAUUCCAACAUUCCAGUUUUGAAAUUAUACGAUAAAACUAUCCGCGAAAGAAAUGAAAUGGGAUGGUUAGGGUAUUCAAUAUUGCCUAGCUGUUCUUUUGAUCAUAAUUUCAAAAUGUGGCUUCGAGCUCGAUACCGCACUAAAACUUUCGAGAAACGGGCUCCCGGUCUUUUGGUCAAGAACAUUGCAUCCUUAGUCAUUUGAAGGUUGAGUACUUCACUAUGGUUGAAGAGAUAAUGAAUUAUUCCACCAUAUCAUUUCAGUUUGGUAGAACAGUGUAAUGUGAAAUUUGGCACUGUUGUAGCCGACUACGAGAAUUCUGGCUGCCAUAAUGACCUACGUUUUCCGACUGCCAUAGAAGUCGUCAAUCAUCUAAGUCAGAUUGCUAUAUAAAGGACAUUUCAAGGCGCUGUAAUGUUUGUGAAGACUUCAUUGAAUCUUUACUGAAUACUCGUAAGCUGGGAUCAUUGAGUUCCCAUAUACAAAUCUCUUUUAGUACCUUUUAGAAAGUCAAUUCAUUUGGCCAACUGGACAUCUGCUUGCUUUCAUUGGCGUCCAGUACCGAAAGCAGCAACAAACAAACUCUUCUCUUCUCCAUAUUAGGGAGCGGUUAUUACUGAGGGGGGAGGGGAGGAGUGUGUUAGGAGGAUUUUGGUUGUGUCACAAUAAAAUUCAUUUGGUCUCCCCUCGUCGUUUGCAGUCAAUCCUCCGACGCCCGCCUCCCCCGGCGAUGAAAAAUGACUGGUCUCCUAUAUUAGUGACAGCUCAUUAAAAGAGGACAUUCAUACCAGCGCACACAUAGCUUCCCCCCCGCUAAUCGAAAUGUAACAAAACCUCAUUUGGAGAGUUGAUAUUUUGGCUGACAAAAUACGAUUUCAAAUAUCAAGACAAAUUUCGACAAUUUCUUGAGUUAGGGAAUUAGUAGAUAACAACGUCUUGUGGCUAAUGUAAAAAAAGGAACUGUUAUAUAAAACUCAUCGCAAUUCUUUCUUAGAAGAAAAGCUUUGAACACAACAUUUGGGAACGCUUAACAAAAUUACAUGCCUUUUUGUCCUUUAAAAAAUUUCUCACCUCUUAUAGGCAAAUUAAAACCAAACCAAACUACGUGAAAUUGGAGGAAAAUGAACAUAUGAGAGAAGCCUAGGGAUUUAAGUUGACCGUCUAUGAAGCCUCGCCAUGGUCUGUUGCAAUUUCGUAAUUUUGUUGUGUUACACAACUUGCUUGAUCGGGAAAUAAUCGAAUCACUGAUUUUAAUUUUUUUUGUUUCCACUUUCAGCUGAACCUGUUUGGCAUUAUGCACCUGGGAAAUACGGGAAUCGCUAUUGGGACAGGUAAAUAAAACAGUAGUUUACGCUGAGAAACCAAUUAGUUUUAGUCCGGAUUCAGUCCAAAAUGGUGCUGUUACUUUCCACAAUCGAAUGCGAUCUAAAUUGUCUGUUCGUAUUGAGGAGAACAUAAAUUCGUAAAUAACUCGACAAUUUAUCCUGAGAAAGUAAUUUGACUGAGUCAAAACCCAAAACCAUGCUGAUAAGGCCUUGAAAGGUCAAAAUAACGUCGUAGGUACGCUCUUGAUGGCUCACGCUUUUUUGGUAGUUAAUUAAGUGCUAACUGGUGUCAUUUCCAGUUGUACCUCAGCUUGGAGCGCAACCUAUGGAGUAAACAGAUCAAAAAGUAUGUCUCUAUAUUUUAGGAGACGCAUGCACAGUGCUCACCAGGUAGCGUUCUGGGCUCUGGGUCGGGAGGUCUGGGUUCAAUACCUGGCUAACCCAAAUAUAAAACUACGCAGACAGAAGCCCUUGAAAUAAAACUUCUAAUUUCGAUUAAUAAUGUUCAUUUAGUCGCUCUUUAUUUCUGUUUCUUUAAACAUUUAGGUACAGCGAUAAUCAGCGUGCCCAGGAUGCCAUCAACUUGACCUUGUUUCACUGGGGAAUCCAUGGAUGGAUUGUGUAUGUAGUGGUGGGUCUUCUUUUGGCUUUUGUGGGUUACAGAAAAGGCCUACCCAUGACCAUUCGGUCCUGCUUCUACCCUCUAAUUGGUGACAAGAUCUACGGCUGGAUGGGUGAUGCUGUGGACAUAUUCUCGGUAGUGUGCACCAUGUUUGGAGUUUGCACCAGUCUUGGCGUUGGUGUCAUGCAGAUGAACAAUGGUUUCAAGCGUCUGAACCCUUCCAUCGAGUUUUCCAAUACCAACCAGAUUAUCAUCAUUUGGGCCGUCACAGCCUGCGCAACAGCAUCUGUGGUGAGCGGCUUGAAAAUUGGAAUUCGUCGGCUGAGCGAGAUUUGCUUCACCCUUGGUAUGUUCAUCAUGCUGAUUGGUUUCUUCGCCGACAAUACUUGGCAUGCGCUGAACGUCUACGUGCAGAGCAUUGGUUACUACACGCAGUGGAUCAUCCAACUUGGUUUCCACACAGAUGCCUUCGCACAACUGGGAAAUGCACCCGAUGGAAAGCAAGCUGAACGAUGGUUCAACGACUGGACCAUAUUCUACUGGGGAUGGUGGAUAGCCUGGUCACCGUUCGUGGGCAUGUUCAUUGCGAAGAUCUCCAAGGGAAGAACCAUCCGUCAAUUCAUCCACGGCACAAUGACAGCCCCCAUUCUCUAUGCAUUCUUGUGGUUUUGUAUCUUUGGUAGUGCAGGCUUGAAGAUGGAGCGUGAUGCCGAAUUAGCAAACAUAACGUGCUCUUCCCCAAAAGGAGGGAGAGGAGCGACCUCCUCCUUGAAUGGUCUGUACCGCUUGUCUUGCCGAGGUAAGAACGACAUGUGGUUUGAUGUAAUGGAACAGUAUGGAGACCUUGGAACGUUCCUCUCCGUGAUCUCACUCAUUAGUGUCAUUCUGUACUUCGUAACCAGUUCCGAUAGUGGUUCUCUUGUGAUCGAUUGCCUGUCAGCAAAUGGAGAUCCAGAACCUCCUGUCAUACAGCGUAUCUUCUGGGCCCUGACAGAGGGUGCAACAGCUACAGCUCUGUUGAAUGCUGGUGGCGAAGAGGGCCUUGUGGCCUUGCAGUCUAUGUCAAUAGCAUCCGGUGUCCCUUACACCAUACUGCUUUGUUUUAUGUGCGUGGCUCUAUGGCGGGCUGUGAAGAUGGAAGGUGGUGACCUCGAUCCAAAUGGCCCUCAGUUCACUACAAGCCUCCUAGAGGUCCUGAGCAGCCCAACAUUAGAAAAAGUCGGCAGGGUUUUGUUAGCCAUCUUUGCCCCGUGGUACUCGAUUGGAAAUGCUGCCUACAAGAUUGAAAGAGGAAAACAUCGAAGGUGGUGGUACAUGACGAUCAUGGCGGUCCUAUUUUACCUCUGGGUCAUCCUGAUGGCGUUGGAGCCAGUCGUGGAUUCUAUUUCUUACGUCGGGUGGGCCUUCCUGAUGGGAUUCUUCGCUUAUGCCACCUCCAUCCGCUACUCCAUCCGUGAAGAAUUCAAUAUCUAUGGCAAUCCCGUCGAAGAUUUCUUCGCUGUAAUGAUAGUGUACCCAUUUGCAGCGUACCAAAUGGAACAACAUAUGGAUGUCUAUCUGCUCGAUCGCCCCUUUGAUGCCUACAUGGAUAAAGCAAAACCAAGCUCGGCAAGUGGCAUGGGUGCAUAUCAAGAAAAUAACCCAAAGCAUCACUUGAAUCACUCCAAUGAGGUGGCAAAGCCCAUGGAAAGUGGUACCUGGACACCUUCGAUAUCAAUGCAGAACCUGUCUUCUAACGGGCCUCAUGAUAACCCUGCUAUCGACGAUGAUGACACCGCAGGUCGGAAAAGCCCUUACUACUCAAAAACUGAAGUAAUUUAAGGUGACCGUGAAUUCAUGAACGUACGUACAUACGAUAGGCGCAUGCGUAUUUUUUCAAAAUUAUCAUUUAACCUUAACUCAACCUUGUGUGCUAUUAUGGUCCCAGCUUCGCAAGAAGAAGCUAUAUUUU